CCAACACCUCCCUUCUCAGGACAUGUGCCAGCCUCUCCCUGACAGUGAACUGGGGAAAAUUCCCCCGGAGACAAGGAUGUGAUCACUAUUCCUAGCACUUGGCGAGCCUGCGAUAGACAGGUCGUCCUGCAAAGAGCUGUCAAGGUAUAGAGACUCAGAGUGAGGAAGGGAAACUGAGGCACCAGGGGGCAGUUACUGGCUUAAGGUGGCCCAGGCCAGAGGCAGAACUAGGUCUCCACCUGGUGCUCUAACCACUGGACCACACUUCCCCUGCAGGAGAUGAAGCUGGCAGUGCCCAUGUCCUAGGGGCAAUGGCUGGGUAAGAGGCCCUGCCCUGAUUCCUUCCAUGUCCCUUCAAUUGGCAGGUUGGCCCGCCUGGCGCUGCCCCCACUGAGACUGCUGGGAGCGGUGGAUGGAGUCACUUAACACCUCACACUCCAACCAGACGCAAUCCUUUAUACCAGCAUCAUGGCGGCCAGCCAUCCUGAUCGCCACAGUGGGCAUUGGGCUGCCCGCCAACACCUUCAUCAUCUGGCUGACAGGAUGGCGGCUGAAGCGCCGGGGCCUGUCCGUCUUCAUCCUAAGCCUGGCCACCUCCGACUUCCUCUUCCUCGCCACCUCCGUCAUGCAGAUCAUAGAGACGCUGCUGAAUGAAACCUGGGUGCUGGGCACCCCCAUGUGCCGCCUGCGCUACGUCCUCUCCGACUUGAGCUACCACUGCAGCCUCUUCCUGCUGGCCGCCCUCAGCGUGGACCGCUGCCUGCUGGUGCUGCUGCCCCUCUGGUACCGCUGCCACCGCCCCCUGUGGCUCUCCAGCUACAUUUGCCUGGGUGCCUGGCUGGUGGCCGCCCUGCUCAGCAUCAAGGGCUUCGUCUUCGCCAACGUCGUCCAGUAUUCAGACGGGAUGCUCGUCUGCUCCAACAACCGGGGUGAGUUCGAGGGCCCCCUGCGCCUGCUGGAGGUGCUGCUGGAGGGACUCUUCCCCUUCGUCGUCAUGGUGACCACCCAUGCCGCCACCUUGUCACGCACCUUCCAACGCCACACCCGGCCCCCCAGCCAGUUCUACCGCAUCGUGGCCGCCACCCUGUCGGCCUAUGUGCUGCUCAACCUCCCCUUCCAGAUCGUCCAGCUGCUCUUCCUGGCCUCCUUGGAGCACGAGUUAAACUAUCGCAUCUUCCCCUUCAUGGUCUACUUCAGCUACCUGAUCAACCUCAACAGCAGCAUCAACCCUCUCAUCUACAUCUUCUUCGGCUCCAACAUCUGCACGGGCUGCGGCCGCCACACGACCUCCUCCCUUGCCACGGCCCUCACCGAGGAGCAAGGGAAAAGCCCUGGGGACACGCCCAGCACGUCCUUCUCAGCCUAGCCCUGCCAGCAAGACCCUGCUCUCCUCUCCCUCCAUGGCCCAGCCCCUGCUCUGGCACAGCUCCAGUCACCAGUCGAGUGGUCACUGGCUCCCCUGAUAGGACCUGGCCACAAGGAAGGGGGGGUCUGUGCACAAUUGUAGGUUCACUAGUGCUAAGCCUUGUGUAAAUGGGUGCAAGGUGGAGCUUCGUCAGGCGCAACCAGAUCCAGGAAGCUACCAGGAGAAGUCACACCAGUGCCAAGGCCCAGUUUGCCCCAUUUCCCCAGCCUAGGCAAGCUCCAGCGGGGACAGAUCCUCAGCAGAUGCAAACCAGGCCCAGCUCCAUGCAGGUCAAUGGCCCGGGAACACCAGGCCCUAGGCAAGGCAAUGUAAACACUGACGUGGCUGCAGCUGCCAACCCACAGGUGCCAGGAGACACUGCGAUGAAGGGGACUCUGCCCCU